GCCUGGCUGUUCAGGGUCACACUUCUCUCCCUGUCCCCGCCCCAUCUGCCGAGUGUCCUUCCUUGGAGCCCUUGACAGCACCUGAGCCCCUCCUCCCCAUCCCCAGAAACUUUGGUGGUUGUGUCCCCCCUUGGGGCCCAACAAUCUCAUUAGUGUGGCACUGAGACGCCUAAUCAGCUCACGAAGCAGCACGAUAAAUGCCCGGGCUGGCACCCUGCGGAGGAAGGCCCGGUACUCAUAGCAUGGACCCCUGAGACCUGCCCUGCACUUGAUUGCAGCAGGAGGGAGUCCAGGAGCCAGGGUUGCCACGGUGUCUCCGUCAGCCUCGCCAUGAACCUGGAGCCGCCAAAGGCUGAGUUCCGGUCAGCCACCAGGGUGGUCGGGGGACCUGUCACCCCCAGGAAAGGACCCCCUAAAUUUAAGCAGCGACAAACCAGGCAGUUCAAGAGCAAGCCCCCGAAGAAAGGCGUCCAGGGGUUUGGGGAUGACAUCCCUGGAAUGGAAGGCCUGGGAACAGACAUCACGGUCAUCUGCCCUUGGGAGGCCUUCAACCACCUGGAGCUGCACGAGCUGGCCCAAUAUGGCAUCAUCUAGCACCAGGCCCUGCUGAGGUCCAGACCCUCCCCCUCCUGCCCUCUGUGCUCUAAACCCUGCUCAGGAUUCCUGUUGAGAAGUCUCCCUAGCCCAGAUGGCACCUGGACACCAGUGUGGGAUUGUAACCUCAGGUCACCCCUACAUAUUAAUACCAGCCACCAGGAACCCACCACCUCCCUCCAGGACGCCCCCUCAGGGGCUGGCCAGGCCCUGCUCAACGUCGGGCCCACCCCUCAGUCCUGUCUGCAGAGAGACUUGGUGAGUCUCCACUCCCAGGGAGAACGGGAAGUGGACCCCAGAUCAUCCCCUCCUCCCAACUGGAAAGCUAGGGCAGGGUCUCCCCAGACCCCUGUCCUGCCUGUAAGGGGGUGCAGAGAAGCUCCGUCUCUCUGCAUCCCUUCCCAGGUGGGUGCCCUUGGUUUGGAAAUGCUGGGUAGCAGGACUCCAGGUGUGCGCAGUGACCAGAUGAGGCCCCACGCUUAUCACACCAGGGGGCCGUCCUUCUCAAUACAGCCUGCCCUUGCAGUCCCUAUUUCAAAAUAAAAUUAGUGUGCCCUCGCC